AUGGUGUUGUCCACCGGCUUGAUGGGGUGUUAUGUGACACCGAUGCCAAUUCCCGAGAACCAGGCCUCAAAAGUUUCUGCAGUUGAAGUAUUUUGUGGAUUUCUCUGUCCUGAGAGUUCUCAAGUUGGAACUCUUAACCAAGGGCUAAAAAACCUUUUACAGUUUGUCUUGGCUGCAUAUUUUCUCAAGAAAAGCUAUACUGUAAGACUGGUUCUGGUUGACACUGUAGCGGCAAUGGUCGAGCUUGGAUCUCUUUUGUAUGAUGAACCCUGGAUUACUAGAGAAACUGAUUCUGCACUCCACAAGUUGCUUCAAAAGAAUAUGCUUCUGGUGUUGGAGGCCAUCCUCACUAACUUCGACCUUCCAGAAAGUGAAUCCAUCCCUCUGAAACAAUGCCAUUUUAAUUUCAUUGAAUCUGGACUAAUCUUUUUCCUAAAUUUCUUGGGAAAUGAAAGUGUGAAUUCUGAGCCACUCUGGAAGUAUAUUAUACACAUCUUUUCGCUCACUAAAUCAAGCUCCAACGAUGUCAGGAAUUCUAGCGUGCCACUAUUUAGGCAGCAUAUUCUGACUAUCCGAAUUCUUAAGAUGGAGAUAAAAUUAAAAGAGCUUCUAUACAGAUCUCAAAGUCUGCUGCCCACUGUCAGGAAGCAAAUGCAAACCCUUCAUAAGGAGGUAUUACUUGUUACAACCUUUCUGGCUGCCAUUCAAGGGGGAAACAGAACACUUGAAGGAUCUGUUCUAGAAGAUGUUUAUUCUGGUUUUGUCUCUUUCAAUUGGAAUGAAAUAAGCGAGCACACUUUGAGGUCAUUCAGCCUUGAGCUUUUUGUGUUUUUAAAAAAAAUUAUGCUUGCCUGCGAAGAGAAAAAAGGCAUGUAUCUACGUGAUCGCAGCUCGUUACUAUCACCCAAUUUCUCCAAAACCCCUGAAUUUGGAUUCAUGGAUUUCCUUUUGAGGGAUUUACAGGAGCUGCUAAACUCCGAACAUGUCAAGUUUCCCUUGCAAAUUCAAGUGAUUCACGGCCACAUAGACUUCUUCAGAUCCUUCCUCAACGAUGUGGGAAACAAGCAUUAUGAUUUUGAUCAUUCAGAUCUCAAAGGUCUUGUUUUGCGCAUUCUACAAGUGGCAUUGCAGGUGGAAUAUAUCAGCGAUUCAUUGUUGCAGAAUCCUGAUGUUGCAUGGUAUCUUUUCCCAUGGCUUUCUAGCCUCAUAGAAGAUACCAAACUUAUUAAGGUUCAGAUCUCUGAAAUCUCUAAUGAGUUACAUGGCAUAAGAUUCGAUGAUUUUCUCCAGUCUACAAACAACGUGAUGCCACCAUCAAAAAUUUCCGAAAUUGAUGAAGUUGUAAUUAACCGUGUUGAUGAUGAAUGUGAAUUGAUAGCAAAGCUUACAAGAGGAUCGAAGCAGCUAGACAUUGCCUCCAUUGUUGGGAUGGCUGGCAUAGGUAAGACUACGCUGGCGAGGAAAAUAUAUUACAGUUACUCAGUUAGCCUUCACUUCCAUACUCGUGCAUGGUGUCACGUUUCCCAAUUAUAUCACAAGAGAAAACUACUGAUCGAAAUUUUGGGUGACGUUAUGGAAAUUACAAAUAGCAUACUUGAAAUGCGUGAUGAUGAAUUGGAGCUUAAGCUGUAUCAAUGUCUGAAGGGAAAAAGAUACUUAAUAAUUAUAGAUGACUUGUGGAGCACUGAUGCCUGGAAUGAUUUGCAACAUUCCUUCCCAAAUGACGGAAAUGAAAGCAGAAUCUUGAUCACUAGUCGUCUCCAUGACGUGGUCCCAAAAAUUCAGGAAGAUAGCAUUCAUCAUCUCCCCCUACUCACAGACGCUGAAAGUUGGGAACUGUUGAACAUGAAGUUAUUCAAAGAAGAAGCUUGCCCUGAAGAUCUUCUGGAUCCAGGAAAGAAAAUUGCGAGCAGUUGUGAUGGUCUCCCUCUUACAGUUGUUACAAUAUCUGGUCUCCUCCAAGGAAUUGAGAAGACAUCAGAUUGGUGUAAACAAGUUGGAGAAAGCUUAAGCUCACUCAUUGCCGAUUCUGAGGAAUCAAGAUGCAUGGACAAAUUACGUCUGAGCUAUAAUCAUUUGCCUAACCAUUUAAAGCUUUGCUUUCUUUAUCUUGGAGCAUUUUUCGGGUAUAAAGAAAUUCCAGUUCGCAAAUUGAUACGCCUGUGGGUUGCUGAAGGUUUGGUCCAACAUGCAGGGGAACGAAGCGCAGAAGAUGUUGCAGAGGAAUUAUUAACUGGUCUAAUUGGUAGAAGCUUAGUAAUGGCUUCCAAGAGAAGGUCGGAUAGGGGAAUCAAAACUUGCUGUCUCCACGACAUGGUACUUAUUUUAUGCUCCCGGAUAUGUGAAGAGGAAUCCUAUUUGGAACAGGUAACAUGGCGUGAUGAAGUUUUUUCAGGCUUUUCUGAGGAUUUAGACUAUGGUGUUCAUCCCAACCAUAGUCAUUUGACGGAUCCAGUGACAUAUUCAAAACGUCGACCGUCCAUUUAUUCCAGGAGAAAUCAUUUUGUCAUGUCAAGACCCUCAGGGCCACAUGUCCACUCUCUACUGUACUUCGCCACAAGUGAUUCCCGUCCAGAGUGCCCACAUGACAUCUCCCUCAUUCCUGGAAAUUUUAAACGCCUUAGAGUGCUGGAUUUAGAAUGCAUCAAUCUGGGCCAUACUUUCCCUGAAUGGGUGGAGGAUUUGGUUCGCCUGAGAUACUUAGCACUUUCUGGUAAUAUUAACUCUAUCCCAAACUCAAUAGCCAAGCUCAGAAAUCUUCAAACUUUGGUUUUGGUGGGAUUAAUAGGUAGAGUUCUGCUGCCAGAUACUAUUUGGAGCAUGGUAAAGUUGCAAUAUCUACAUGUUAGAAAUGGCGCAUUCUUCAGCUUUCAAGGCACACAAAUGGAAAAUCCUCCCCAAUUACCCGAACUCGUGAGCCUUUCAUCUCCUUUGCUAUAUGGUGUUCAAGAUGCAGAGAAAAUCCUGAUAAGGUUACCCAAACUUCGAAGGCUCACUUGCAUAUUUUCAGAUUCGCGAGAUGUUGAUACUGGAGACCGUCUUCAGUUUCCAGUGCUGAGCUUUCUGAAAGAUCUGAAGUCACUCAAGAUAACCUAUUCUGGAAGGAAUUUUCAUCCUCGUAAAUUUGAUUUCCCGUGGACUCUUACGAAAUUGACACUGUCAAAAUUUCGCCUGCCAUGGGAUUGUAUCUCUGAAAUUGGGAAGCUACCCAACAUUGAGGUUCUAAAGUUACUUGCUGGAGCCUUUGAUGGGGAAGUAUGGGACAUGAAAGAUGGGGAGUUCCAGAAACUUAGAUAUCUGAAACUAGACAAUCUAAACGUUGUCCACUGGAAUGCUUCUGAAGAUAAUCUGCCCAAAUUCAACACCUAG